AUGUCUGAAGUUAACGUUGAUCAAAAAAACAUUUCCGUGCCACUACCAGCUGACUGUAUAUAUGAAAUCAUUCAAUACCUCAUUCAUGAUGUGAAAACCUUACAAUCAUGUGUCACUAUCAAUCAAACUUUCUGUCAAGUUACGAUUCCAAUAUUAUGGAGUAACCCUUUUAAAUUUAUUCAAGAUAAAGAGAAGAGAGGUAUUAUAAUUCGAACUUAUUUUUCUUGCCUUGAUGAACAAGAGAAAAAUCAAAUCACAACAUUUCUUCACAAGUCUGUUUCAGACUUUCCAAGACCUUUCAUCAAUUAUCCAAGUUUUCUUCAAGAGUUUGAAUUGUUAUCGUUACAAGAAUCGAUGAGAGUUUUCCUCCGUCAAUAUUAUUCAGUCUCACCAACCGAGAAUCGUAUUAAUAGUAUUAUUCGUAUCCUAAACCCUUUUAUUGGAAAGUUAUUUUUCAACGAUCAAAGUAAUUUCAAGUAUAUGAAUGUUAGUUUGAGGGAUUCUCUGGGAUUGGAGAAGAAUCAAUUGGACAUGAGCUCAUAUGGGGAAGUUCUUGAGAGAGUACUUUCGAAUAUCGACAAGUUUUCCUUUGGAUUUCGUUUAGAUAUUCAUAAAAAGACGGAACUUUUCACAUUUAUUAAGAGGAACGCGGAAAAGUUUACAAAUAUUAUUUCACAACACAACAAGAAUAUUCAACACGUUUCAUUCUACUUUGCGUGUUUAUCACCCUACCUACGUCAGAGAAAAAACAAAUUACGAAAGUUAAACAUCAGCAUAGAGUAUGAUCGAUUCAUUGAAAUUUUGAACAAUUUUAUCAUUUCUUUGAAAAAUUUAAAAUCAUUGGAAAUUCCUUGCUUUUGGAGGCAUAAUGAUUUCGUCAAUUUAUUUAAAGGACAUUCUCACUCUUUAACUUAUUUAAGAUUAUAUGAAAUAUUCAAUUGUUCAAUAGUUCUCAACAUUUUAAAUAAUUGUCCAAAUCUGAAAACGAUGGAACUUAUUUCUUUCACUUUUUAUGAUAAUAAAGAAGAUAAUUCAAUCUUUGACAAACCCAUCACAUCUAAUUUGAAUAAUCUUUACAUGACAAUACCUUCAAAUUAUUUUCUCGUCUUUAAACUCUUUGAGAAAAUUGUUUCAACGUCAAAUAAUAAUCUCAAAACCCUUUUCUUUAAUAAACAACAAUACUAUUAUUCAUCUUUUAAUGAAUUCAAUAAUAUUACACAAUUAAUUCAACCAUUUUGUACCAAUCUAACUCAUCUCUUUAUCAAAAUAGUCAAUGAAAGGGGCAUCAUUUAUUUCCUUAGGAACUUGCGACAUCUUAAACACUUGAAGUUGGGUUGUUUCGCAUACAAUAAUCUUAAAGUUGAUAAUAUCACGGAAUUAGCAAGAUCAUUCUCCCCUACUUUAAAAAUUUUGGAGAUCGAUGCAUUUAUAUCAGAGGAAAUGUUGAAAGUUUUAUUACAAGAAGGGAAGUGUGAUCUCAAUGAGCUUUACAUAAAAGCGAACCUAAACGAGACUAUUUUAAGAAUUGUCAUGGAUUAUGCAAGACAAAGAACUUCCUUAAAGAUAUUUAGAUAUUCAAAUGAUGGGAAUCUAUGUUCUACACACUAUCCUUCACCCCAAUUGUUGGAAGAAGCAAGGAAUCUAUUUACGAUUGAUGAUAAUCCGGAACCUUUUACAACUCCCUUUGUUAAAUCAAUUUUCUAA